CCCGGAAGUAGAACGUCCACAGCUGUCUCAACGCUCGGCAGCUGCCGUGGCCGCCUUUGUUUGGAAGUUCCAGGUAAUCUGAGAUGGCGAACGCAGCCGCGCCUACAGCGGCGGUCCCCACCCUAGCUCCGCCUUUGGAGCAGAUCCGGCACUUGGCAGAGGAGCUGCGGUUGCUGAUACCUGCAGUGCGGGUCGGCGAAGCCCUGGAGACCACCAAGGAGUUUAAUCCUGAGACGUUUUGGAGGAGACUCAAUGAGGCAGCUGUGAACGUGUCAAGGGAAGCUACGACUCUGACCGAAGUCUUCUCUCAUCUUCCACUGCCCUCUCCACAGGAAACACAGAGGUUCUGUGAACAAGUCCAUGCUGCCAUCAAGGCAAUGAUUGCAGUAUAUUAUUCACUUCCCAAGAAUCAGGGAAUCACUCUGAGAAAGCUGGUACGAAGCACCACUCUGGACAUCGUAGAUGGCAUGGCUCAACUUAUGGAUGCGCUUUUCAUGACUCCAACUCAGAGCUCAGAGAACAAUGACCUUAUUUCCUACAACAGUGUCUGGACUGCAUGCCAGCAGGUUCCUCAGAUACCAAGAGAUAACAAAGCUGCAGCCCUUUCAAUGCUGACGAAGAAUGUGGAUUUUGUGAAGGAUGCGCAUGAGGAAAUGGAGCAGGCCGUGGAAGAAUGUGACCCGUACUGUGGCCUCCUGAAUGACACUGAGGACAACUCUGAUAACCACGGUGAUGAAGAGGAUGAUGGGUUGGGGUAUCCAAACAAUCGGGACUUAUAUUGGUCAGAGGAGGAUCAAGAGCUCAUAAUCCCAUGCCUUGCACUGGUGAGAGCAUCAAAAGCCUGCCUGAAGAAAAUCCGGAUCUCAGUGGCAGAGAAUGGGAAGAAGGAUCAGGUGGCCCAACUGGACGACAUUGUGGAUAUCUCUGAUGAGAUCAGCCCUAGUGUGGAUGAUUUGGCUCUGAGUAUAUACCCACCUAUGUGCCACUUGACUGUGCGAAUCAAUUCUGCAAAACUUGUAUCUGUCUUAAAGAAGGCACUUGAAAUUACUAAAGCGAGUCAUGUGACCCCACAGCCAGAAGAUAGUUGGAUCCCUUUACUCAUUAAUGCCGUUGAUCAUUGCAUGAACAGAAUCAAGGAACUCACUCAGAAUGAACUUGAACUGUGAGUUUUCAGGCUCAUUUGCACUCUCCAUUCUCCUUAUAUCACAGGUAGCCUCUGAUGUCUGCUUUUAAAAUGGGGCUAGAAUGCUUUCUGGAUCAAAAUGGAGUUCCUAUCCAUCCUUGUCAAGAGACGCUACUACCAAAGAUUGUUGGUUAGGCCAGACUGGCAGUUAUUUAUAUACUACAUAAGUCUGAUAUAUUUUUCUGUGCUAGAUACAAAAGAUAAUUGCAUGAGUUUGCAUUUCUGAAUCGUGUUUCAGAGAUUCCUGCAGAAGCUGCCUUAUUCCCUAUUUGCAAUAAAGUGUGUUAAUUCACUGUUAAA